UUUUGAAUUUACAGUUUUAGUUUUAUUCCAGUAAUCUUUGGGAGUUAGGUUUUAUCAGUGAAUUUUUUUGCGUUAGUCUUUUGGAACUCGGUGCUGAAAAGUGAAUUGGAAGAUUUCCCUUCCUCACUCGCUGCUUGACCAUGCUGGGGAGCAGUGACUCUGGCCCUGGCCGGAGGACCUCGUGGCUGGUCAGCGCCUUGUCCCAUCACUUCGGCCCCGAGGGCGGCCAAGUGGACAACGAGAUUGUGGUGUUAGCCACCGGCCUGGACCAGUACCUGCAGGAGAUCUUCCACCACUUGGACUACGAGGGGGACGGGCUGGUGUCGGGCGAGGACUUUCGGGCUCUGUGCUUCGUGCUGGGGCUGGAGGAUGGGGUGGAAGGGCCGCCCGAGGCGGUCACCUUCCGGCACUUCCACGCCCUCCUGUGCGAGCCUUUCCACGGCCUCGUGGGUCGGAGGGAGCCCGGGCUGCGGCUGCCCGUCAGUAAAGAGACGGAGCACAUUGAGAGGCAGAUCCAGCUGCGGUGCCCUCGCCGGAGGAGGAAGAGAAGCGUGUCCUUCCAGCUGCCCCGGGAGGGAGGCGCAGAGGAGGAGGAGGGGAGCCCCGGGGCACAGCAAGAUCCCAGUGCCAGGGAGCUGGAGAAUGCCAGCCUGCGGGAGCUGGUGGAGGAUCUCCGGGGCGCCUUGCAGAGCAGCGAUGCCCGCUGCCUGGCUCUGGAAGUCGGCCUCCACAAAGCCAUCACUGGCCUCCCCGGGGCUCCCAGGCACCGGAGGCGGCAGCUCCAGGAGCCCCGGCCGCCCGCACCGAGCUGCCCGGGCUCCCGCCACCUGCUCCGGGAGCUGGAGCUGAUCCGCUCGUCCCGGGACGGCCAGCUGGACGAGGCGAGGCGCCUGAACCGGCAGCUGGAGCAGGAGCUGCGGGACGCUCACUGCCGCCUCGGGCACCGGGAGCACCGGCUCGCCGCCCUCCGAGCCGAGCACGGCCGGCUCCGGGCUCAAGCCGAGAGGGUGAGCUCCGCACUCCGGGCCGCCCUGAGCAACGUGAAGGAGCUGGAGAGGAGAGUCCGGCAGCUGCCGCUGUUGGAGAGCCGGCUCCAGGAGCUGGAAGACCAGCUACAGCUGGACAGGUCACAAGGCAGAAAGGACCCAGCUCUGCUGAACCAUUCCCAAUACUUGCACAAAUAUUGCAGCUCUAGGCAGAAUACCUGGAGUCCCUCAUUCCAACAAACACGGAGUCCUCCCACGGGAAAAGCAGAUUCAACCUUGGAAAGCAGGGAUUGUUCCAGCUUGCAGAUUGGAGAUCCUUCCUGUAAUGAAGAUGAGGGACAUUUACUCAGAGCGGUCGAGGGGUGUGCUGCUUCUGAUGAGGAGGAGGAAGAGAGAGGUUCAGAGGGUCAACAGUGUCAGAUGAUUGAACCGAAUAGAGAUGGCUGCAGUAGUGAAGGUUGCCACAGCAGCACAUUACAACGACUGCUAUCUCACAACUGCAGCUGUGAGAUCAUGGUCAUUUCACCAUGGAUGGAAAGAGAAAAGGAACUCAUGACUCAGUUAAAGAACAAGGAGGAACAAGUGACAGAGCUCCAGACUGAGACUGAGAAGUUGACCUGUGCAAUGACCAAGGAACUCCAGCUGAAAGGGGAGGAGGUGGAGAUGCUGAGGAUAGAGCUGCAGAUGGUUGAAACUGAUCGGGUUAGACUCUCGCUGAUUGAGGAGAAGCUGACGGAUGUACUGCAGCUUCUGCAACAACUGCGAACGCUGAACAUUUCCAGACGGUCAUUGGGGAAGAUCUUAAUGAGCACUUUGGACUCCUGUUACAGUGUGGGACAUGGAAUGAUGAGCUCCUUGGACAUAUUGAGUGUUCUCCAUAAAGAGCUGCUGUCUUGUGAGUUACUCGCCAAAGGUUCAUGUCAAACGGAAGAUGAGCAGAUCAGGAAAAACUCCCUGGUGAUAUCAUGUUAAUGCAUGGAAGUGAGCAGAUCCCAUUGAGUGGUAUUAGUUAUUUACAGCAAUAAUCCUCUAUCUUUCCCUCUUAAGCAGUCAGUUGGGCUGUGGCCAAUAUCUGUAGGCAAAAGAUCGACUUGCCUGCUGCUCAGAUACUGCCUGACCUGCCUUGCUUUUUCCACACUUUAUUGACCCCAGGUCUCUGCAGCCCUCUCUAUCUUCUUGAAACCAUUGAAGAUCAAUCACUGAAACACAAAUGUUUAUGAAUGCUUGUGGACCGGAAGCUGGCCAAUCACAGGCUGACACAUACAGAUGUCUGAAGCAAUGGAUGAUGUACAGUCUGUGCUAUGAUGGACUUUGACAAUCUCAGUGACAAAAAUUCUGUAAAUUUUCACAUGGUCACAAAAGGCAAGCAAAUCGAUUGAAAGAGAGAGCUUGUUUCUGGGGAUUUUGCAGCUAAUGAAACCUGUGCACUGAGUGGACAAAUGCAGUAACCAUCUUGUGCUCAGGAAGAUCCCACAUAGAGUGUGGUUCCAGUUAAUUUGGUCAUAACUGCAAGACAGUUGUUUGUCAGGAUACUGGGAGAGCUCCCUGCAGAAAGAGAGUGAUGAAGGUUACGUGUCCAUCAGAACGGGCAGCUGGUGCCUAGGUUUAAUGUCUCAUCCCAGUGGUCACCCUUCCAGCAUUUCAAUGUUGCUUUUGAACGGGUCUGAGCUUUAACAAAAAGCAGAAUACCACAGAUGCCGGAGACCUGAAAUUUAAAGAAAAACACCAAUUGGCAGCUUCUGUGGAGAGAAAGAGACUUAUAUCAGAAAAGAUGAUGCACUCAGUCUUGAAUCUGUAUCAGUUAACCAUGUUCCACAUCUCAAGACAUGGCUCACAAUAACCAGGUCACUAAACAAUAAACAAAGCACUUGGGUUUAUUUCUGAUGGGAGAGAAUUGAAAAGUAGAGAGUGUUGAUUAGCCGGUACCUGGAACCCUGCAUACAAUCCUGGACACUAUUAUUACAAAGAAAGAUAUCAAAACACAGAGGGUGUAAAAUAGAUUUAUAAGGAGGAUGCCAGAUUGACAACUUUUCUUUCUUGUUGAAAAAGGAAGGGAAGGGGCUGUCCUAUUAAAACUGUUUAAUAUUAUGGAAGAUUUUGAUUGUUUAGAUGUGGAGAAAAUGUUAUGGGAAGAUCAUAACUAGAAACCAUUAGUGUAUCUAGAUUUUCAUCCUUUGUUUUAUCUAUCCAUCUUCAUGCCUCCAAGAAAUUCAAUGGGGGGAGCAGUGGGAGGGAUGCAAUGAAGGGAUCUGUGCUGAUUGUUGAAGUUCUGGGGUGAACAUAGAGUCCCUUCAGUGUGGCAGCAGGCCCUUUGGCCCAACGAGUCUAUACUGACCCUCCAAAGAGUAACCCACCCAGACCCAUUCCCCAACCCUUUGAUCCUACAUUUAUCCCUGACUAAUGCACCUCGCCUACACAUCACUGAACAAUUUAGCAUGGCCAGUUCCUAACCUGCACGUCUUUGGAGUGUGAGAGGAAGCCAAUGCAAACGCAGAGUGAACGUGCAAACUCCACACAGACAGUCACCCGAGACAAGGAUUGAACCCAGGUCCCUAGCGCUAUGAGGCAGCAGUGCUAUUCGUGCUGCCCAGUUUUCCAGUGACCAAAGUAAUGCAGCUACAUGUAGCCUAGGCUGCUUGUUUGGAUUCUCAACUUUUAUUAUCCCAAGCUGAUGGAAUUUUACAUGAGAGAGAGAGAGCUUCUGAACAUCCAGGCUUUCAGUGCUCCCCACCGGGAGGAGACUCAUCCCCUCCAACAUAGAUAUUUUGAAAGAUAUGAGUUCCAUAAAAAGUUCAACUCCACACCCACAGCUGUUAGACUUUGACUUGCAUGGACUCUGACGCUGAACAAAAUACCAACUGUUGCAGAAUGAUUAAAAAAUUAUAAAGAACUUCUUUAUUCAGAGAGUGAAACUCUUUACCAGAGGAAGCAAUUGAGUUGCAUCAUUUAGAUGCAUUUAAGGAGUUGACUAAAGGAGCAAGUAAGGGAGAAGGGAAUGGAGGGCUAUGCUGGUUGAGAGGAGGGUGGAUCUAGGGCUGUUUGGACUGUUUCGGAUGGAUGUCUGCUGCUUUGCUGUUGUUUCUCUGCAAUCUGAUUUCACGUGCCCUGUAAAUUGCCUACUGGUUUAUAUUAAGCUGUACUAGCUGUGUAUAUUUUUAAAAAUGCUAUUUUAGUUUCUGAAAUUGUAUCUAGAUUUUCAUCCUUUGUUUUAUCUAUCCAUCUUCAUUGUUCUGAUUCACUAUCUCCUUUUGCUUAUCUAUGAUUUUGUAUGGAAAUUAUUAUUUUAAAGGAUCUGUCGCCCCCUUGUGGGUAAUCAUUGUUAUUUAUGGUUCCUAUUCUAGAUGGUGAU